AUGUCUACUUCGCCCGCUGUCGCUGCUGCCGACGCAGUAGUAGCACCGGCGACAACGACACCCAACGAGAACGAGAACGAGAACGAGAACGAGAACGAGGAUCAUCAGCAACAGCAGCAAGAACCACAGCCUCCUCCCGCUUUUGAACCCCUCUUCACCCUCCUCACAAACACCACCUCGAACACGACCGUCCAUCCCCGCGUGCAGUACCUCUUCUCCGACGACGACCCUUCCACCCUCACCCCGUCCACUGCAUCCCGCGCCAUCGUCGUCGACCUCGUCCCUUCCUCAUCCCGCAUCGAUACAUCGCCAGACAAGAAGCAGUGGGAGGUCAACUACGCCGCCUCGCUCACCCCCUCCUUCGCCGUCACGGGCACGGACCUGGACCCGACCACGCUGACCCUCCGACUCGACGGCGUGGAGCGCGAGCCCGUCCCGGAGAGGAACAAGGGCGGCCACGAGAGUGGCAGCAGCGAGGACCCGGAUGCCCUCGUCGAGGAGUUUCGACGGAGAAUGGGCAUCAUGGGUCGGAUCGUGAGCGAGGCCGAUCGCAGGGAUGCCGUUGUCGAACACGACGAGCCUGCGGUGAAACAGCACACAUCCGAGGCGAAUGAGGAUGCAUCGCCCGGGCCCGCAUCAUGA